GAACAAUACAAUAUAUAAGCAGAGAAAGUAACAACAGAGACGCAGGGAAUGUUGGGAAAAAAACAUUUAUAACUGAACACUUUCAGUUAAAUGUUCAUUCACGGUACAUGCACCAACACUUAUCCACGUCCAACAUGCAUAAAGCAUUAAUGACAGACCAGUGUCAAUGUGCUGGAUAAGCAGGGACUGUGAAAGGCGAAGUGAUAACGGGCUGCUCAGAAGGGGGGCGUUCACUGUCACAUGUUACAUAAAGGUGACCAACUCAGUGUGCGUUGCUACUGGACCUCUGCACUGCAGAAAGGGAACAUUUCACGGAGAGAUGGCGGCUUCCCUCCUGAGGAUGGGACGACUGGGUUGUAUCAAGUGCUUGCAGGCUGACAGGUGGAGUACUCUAAGCAGAGCCCCUGUAGCUGUAGCCCUAAGCACAAAAUCUGGAGGUAACAAAAAAUCGUCCAAAAAGAACAUCUCAGACAAAGACCAGGCUAAAACAUACUUCGAUCUAGAGAAACUUGUCCAGCACAAGUCAUAUGUGCCUCCCAAGAAAGAAGUUUCUGCAGCGACAGCCGUAGCUGCAGCUGAAACAGUCGCUGAUCCAGUGCUUGGGGUUACUCUCACAGCUUCAGCAACAGAAUCCAUACCUGUUGUUGAAACAGUCUCUGAAUGUGUCCCAGAAGCUGUACCUGUUGCUGAAGCUGCCACUGAAGCUACACCUAUUAUUGAAGUUGUUGCUGAAGUGGUUGCUGAAGCGGUUGCUGAAACUGUACCAUUGGUUGAGGCUGUUGCAGAAGCUUUUGCUGAAGUUGGACCAGUGGGGGAAGCCAUUGCAGAGGCUGCUGCAUCUAUAGCUGAAACUGCUGCUACUCCACCAGCUAAACAGCCUGCUCAAGUUGCUCCCAUUGAAGCGGUCCCUCCAAUUGCAGAAGCUCCUGCUGAGUCAGUGCCAGCCCCAGAGUCUGUGGCUGAAGCUGCUCCUGUGGAAGCGGCCCCAGAGUCUGUGGCUGAAGCUGCUUCCGUAGACGUGGCCCCAGAGUCUGUGGCUGAAGCUGCUCCCCUAGACGCGGCCCCAGAGUCUGUGGCUGAAGCUGCUCCCGUAGACGCGGCCCCAGAGUCUGUGGCUGAAGCUGCUCCUGUCGAUGUGGCCCCAGAGUCUGUGGCUGAAGCUGCUCCCGUAGACGUGGCCCCAGAGUCUGUGGCUGAAGCUGCUCCUGCCGACGUGGCCCCAGAGUCUGUGGCUGAAGCUGCUCCCGAGACGUGGCCCCAGAGUCUGUGGCUGAAGCUGCCCUCGGACGUGGCCCCAGAGUCUGUGGCUGAAGCUGCUCCCUUCGACGUGGCCCCAGAGUCUGUGGCUGAAGCUGCUCCCGUCGACGUGGCCCCAGAGUCUGUGGCUGAAGCUGCUCCCGUAGAUGUGGCCCCAGAGUCUGUGGCUGAAGCUGCUCCCGUAGAUGUGGCCCCAGAGUCUGUGGCUGAAGCUGCUCUUGUCGACGCGGCCCCAGCGCCCGUGGCUGAAGCUGCUCUUGUCGACGCGGCCCUAGCGCCCGUGGCUGAAGCUGCUCUUGUCGACGCUGCCCCAGCGCCCGUGGCUGAAGCUGCUCCGGUCGAAGUGGCCCCAGCGGAGGUUUCUGCCUCUGUAGAAAGUGCUGAAGAGCUGGUGGACCCUGCUCCAGUCAUAGCUGAAGCUGCAGGAGAGGAACUGCAGGUGGAAGCCCCAGCUGAACCAGCUGAACCAUCUGAGGCUCCAAUGGACCCAAUUCAGAAGCUCUUCCUGGACUCCAUCCGCGAGUACUCGACAAAAAGCCAGGCUGCUGGGGGGCUGGUCGAUGCAGGUUCAGAAUAUGAGAAGGCUUUAGCAGAGGAGAUUGCAAAGCUUCAAAGACUCUAUGGUGGUGGCGACCUAACAUCUUUCCCUGACUUGAAAUUCACAGAGCCCAGCUUGGAUGAAGUUUCCCAGAAGUGAACAUCAGCACUUUGCAAUGAACCUUUUCUACUGACACCUGUUUCCUGUACAUCUCCAUAGUGGAGCAUUAAAUGUCUGCUUACUGUCAAGUUGCAACAAACCCUUGAAUCUUGCUUUGUGUCUGAGACUAGACCUGUUUCAAUGACUAGAUAUGGAAGAUAAAGUAGUAGAUGUACAUAUUUGGCAGACCAAGUGAGAGUGAGCUGUGACAUAAACUUUGUGUAGAUUGAUCCAUGUCUGAGCUUAGUAUAAGGAAAACAUUAAAUUCCAUUUCAUAUC